CGGCUGCUGCUGCUGCUCGGCGGCGUCUCGCUGCUGGCGGCCACAGUGGGCGCAGACAUUUUCAUGGAGGCUUGCUGCGCUGACGGACAUCGGAUGGCCACUCAGCACAAGGACUGCUCGCUGCCCUAUGCCUCGGAAUCCAAAGAAUGCAGGAUGGUCCAGGAGCAGUGCUGUCACGGCCGCCUGGAGGAGCUGCACUGUGCCAUCGGCAUCAACCUAGCCAGCGAGCAGGACAGCUGCACCACACCCCACAGGGACAACGCCAGCCUGGAGGCCAUGUUCGUGAAGAAGUGCUGCCACUGCUGCCUGCUGGGGAGGGCGGCCCAGGCGCAGGGCCAGAGCUGCGAGUAUAGCCUCAUGGUCGGCUACCAGUGCGGGCUGGUCUUCCGGGCCUGCUGCGUGAAGGGCCAGGAGAACGCGGACUUCGCGCCUGGGGACGUCGGAGACCUCCAGGAGACCGCGAAGAUUUCUGAGGUCGAGGAGGAGCAAGAGGACCCAUACCUGAACGACCGCUGCCGGGGCGGUGGGCCUUGCAAACAGCAAUGCCGUGACACGGGGGAGGAGGUAGUCUGCUCGUGCUUUGUGGGAUACCAGCUGCUGCCAGAUGGCGUCUCCUGUGAAGAUGUCAACGAGUGCAUCACGGCCAGCCACAGCUGCCGGCUCGGGGAGUCGUGCAUCAAUACCGUGGGCUCGUUCCGCUGUCAGCGGGACAGCAGCUGCGGCACUGGCUACGAGCUUACCGACAACAAUGACUGCAAAGAUAUUGACGAGUGUGAGAGUGGUAUUCAUAACUGCCUCCCCGAUUUUAUCUGUCAGAAUACUCUGGGAUCCUUCCGCUGCAGACCCAAACUACAGUGCAAGAAUGGCUUUAUACAAGAUGCUUUAGGCAACUGUAUUGAUAUCAAUGAGUGUUUAAGCAUCAGUGCCCCAUGCCCUGUCGGGCAAAUGUGCAUCAACACGGAGGGUUCCUACACGUGCCAGAAGAAUGUGCCCAACUGUGGCCGUGGCUACCACCUCAACGAGGAGGGGACUCGCUGUGUAGACGUGGACGAAUGUGCGCCGCCCUCAGAGCCCUGUGGGGCAGGGCACCGCUGUGUGAAUACCCCGGGCAGCUUCCGCUGCGAGUGCAGGGUUGGCUACUACUUCGAUGGCAUCAGCAGGACGUGCGUGGACAUCAACGAGUGCCAGCGCUACCCCGGGCGCCUGUGCGGCCACAAGUGCGAGAACACGCCAGGCUCCUACCACUGCAGCUGCUCUGUGGGCUUCCGGCUCUCUGUCGAUGGCCGCUCGUGUGAAGACGUGAACGAGUGCAGCAGCAGCCCGUGCAGCCAGGAGUGCGCCAACGUGUACGGCUCCUACCAGUGCUACUGCCGGCGAGGCUACCAGCUGAGCGACGUGGACGGGGUCACCUGCGAAGAUAUCGACGAGUGUGCCCUGCCCACCGGGGGCCACAUCUGCUCCUACCGCUGCAUCAAUGUCCCCGGGAGCUUCCAGUGCAGCUGCCCUUCAUCUGGCUACAGGCUGGCCCCCAAUGGACGCAACUGUCAAGACGUUGACGAGUGUGUAACUGGCAUCCACAACUGCUCCAUCAACGAGACCUGCUUCAAUAUCCAAGGUGGCUUCCGCUGCCUGGCCUUCGAGUGCCCGGAGAACUACCGCCGCUCCGCAGACACGGGGCUCCGCCCAGAAAAGACAGACACCAUCCGCUGCUUCAAGUCCUGCCGCCCUAGCGACGUCACCUGUGUGCUGGACCCGGUGCACACCAUCUCCCACACCGUCGUCUCGCUGCCCACCUUCCGGGAGUUCACCCGUCCUGAAGAGAUCAUCUUCCUCCGGGCCGUCACACCGCUGUACUCUGCCAGCCAGGCCGACAUCAUCUUCGACAUCACAGAAGGGAACCUGAGGGACUCCUUCGACAUCAUCAAGCGCUACAUGGACGGCAUGACUGUGGGUGUCGUACGCCAAGUGCGGCCCAUUGUGGGUCCGUUUCACGCCGUCCUGAAGCUGGAGAUGAACUACGUGGUCGAGGGUGUAGUCUCUCACAGAAAUGUCGUCAAUGUUCACAUCUUCGUCUCUGAGUACUGGUUCUGAGGGCUGGACCAUGGUGCAGCCAAGGGUGUGCCCCCAGGCCAAGUCAUUGCCACUAGCGACUGUGCCCUGUACUUGGUUGAACCCCUCUGACGUUUCUUAAUGUUCUGUAUUUGUUCGUAGCAUUAGGCCAACAUGUAUCAUGCAGAGCCGUAUGAGUACAUUUCUCUGGUGUAUUUUGGUGUUUAAUGAAUCCAGUUGCUCAACUGCUUGGUUGAAAA